AUGUACCAGGUAUGCAGCCAUCGUCAUCCUUCCGAACUGCAGUCGGGGAAGGCAGAGAGGUACAGCGAAACUUGGCUAAUGUGUAGCAGCAAUCUUCUAUCACAGCAACCAACCCAAACCGAGUCAUGUUGGUUAGCGGAUCUCUCAACGUCCCAGGAAGCCCCCAGAAGCCAGGAGACGGCGGAACGUAUCUUGACAACUGGGAAGUGCCAGGUAAUUAUCAUGCAAUCGAAGUCCAUCUGCAUGUGUACGGCUAAUAAAGUGGUAGGCUGCCCGCUUCCAAACAUCAACUGUUACCCUCUCAACUGGCAGACUUGCUACGAGUUGUAUGAAGAUCUCGGCGUCUCAUGGCAGGUCUACCAGGACAGGAAUAACUUUGGGGACAACCCUCUUGCUCACUUCAAGAAGUUCCGCGACGCCCCGCCAGAUUCGCCUCUCACUAAGAAGGGCAUGUCAUACCCCGGACUAGACAAGUUCUACCAGGAUGCUCGUGCUGGCAAUCUGCCUGAAGUUAGCUUUAUCGUUGGCCCCAUGGAGCUAUCUGAGCACCCUCCCUGGCUGCCAAAGGACGGAGCAUGGCUGCAGCAGCAGGUCAUCGACGCCGUCACCCAGAGCCCCAAAUAUGGCAAGACUGUCCUGUUGAUCAGCUACGACGAGUCUGGUGGCUUUGGUGACCACGUUACGCCUUACCACGCUACCAAGGGAACCCCAGGAGAAUGGAUGAAAGACUAUCUAGGUGUCCAGGGCGAUAUCUUUGUUGGUCCAGGCUGGAGAUUGCCUUUCUACGUCGUUUCCCCCUUCACCCGCGGCGGUCGUGUCUUCACUGAGCACGCAGACCAUACUUCCCAAAUUCUCUUUGUGGAGGAGUGGCUUUCCAGCAGAGGGUACAGCAACGUUACCCUGCCCAGCAUGGUCCACUGGCGCCGAGAGCAUAUGUCCAACCUGGUCAGCAUGCUGGACUUUGAGAACGCUGACACCUCUGUUCCAAACAUCCCCAAGGCUGAAGUGCCCAGCAAAAACGCACUCGGCGCCUGGGACGGCAUGGCCAAGUGCAAAGCCCGCUUCGGCAACCCAACCGCCCCUUGGAAGACUCAGCCAAAGACCUUCCCUCCCAAAGGUCUCAUCGAGCAAGGCUACAAGCAGGUCAUCGGCAGCCUGACUGAGGGCCGAUAUCUCGUCUUCUCUGCCGCUCAGGACAAGAACGAGUAUCUGGUUUCUCACAAGGGCGGGUCGAAGCUUGGUGUUAUCUCCAAGUCCUCCACUGAUGCGAUGCGCUACGCCCAGCCGGACACCCGCUUCGUGAUCCAUUACUACAACAACGGGGCCACAGACCUGGAGACUCGCCUGACACAGCAGGACAGCCCGUUCCUGGUGUCGACUCCUGACAAGAAGCGUUGGAUCGGCCCUGAGGGGACACUUGUUGAGUCUCGAGACGCUGCGGCACCCGUAGAUAUUGCCUUCGAUGCCGGCCUAAAGGGUGGUUCUCGUGGCUACAGCAUGAAGUAUGCAACGGGAGGAGACAGCGGCUUCAUCACCGUCAGCAAGGGAGGUGUCAAUAUCGGCAAGGCACCGGCUCAGUUCAGGUUCAAUGUUCUCAGUGUUUCUUACGAUGAAUAA